AUGGACCUGGAUAUCGAGAUGGGCGAUGCCGUCGAGGGCCACCACGAUGCUUCAGCCGCGCCUCUUCCCGAAGCAGACGAUAUUCUGCAACCUGACGAGGUCGACGAGCCCGGCGAGAUUGCGGAUGACGAGCCGAAGCCCCACGAAGACGCUACUACGAUUGUACCGACCAAGAUAAAUAUACGAGGCGUCGAUUCCCUACACACAGAUGAUAUCAAGGCGUACGCCAAGUCUCACUUCGCUCCUGUUGAUCGAGUUGAGUGGGUUGAUGACACAUCCGCAAACCUGGUAUUCGGCUCGGACUCGACCGCUCGCGACGCAAUCAUCGCGCUUAGCUCCAUUGCGAUUGCCGACGCUACAGCGCUCCCUGCUGGCGAAACACUCCCUGCGAAAGGCGUCGAGGGAAAGCCAGAAAUUACACUUCAUAUCAGAUUUGCGGUAGCCAGCGACAAGAAGGAGAUGGGCGCGGCUCUCCGUAGCCGUUACUAUCUCCUCCACCCAGAGCACGACCCCGAGGAGCGUCGUCGACGACAGCAAGAUUCUCGGUCGCGUUACAGAGAUAGGGACAGCGGCUACCGCAGGGGAAGCGGCCGCCGCCGGCGCGACUCGGACGAGGAGGUGGAAACAUUCGAGGCGAGCAUGUACGAUGAUGCACCACGCCAAUCGGCAAAAAGACGCUCUCAAUCGGGCGAUAGACGGGACUCGUACUCGCGGGAGAAUCGUGGCAAGGAACUCUUUGCUGACAGAGCCUCGCGUCGUGAUCGAUCUGCGUCUCCUGUACGCGACAGCGAUGGUGAUGCCGCCAUGGAUAGCAUGCAUGGUUCAUCUCGCAACAGAGACUCCGCGCGGACAGUCAAGCAGCGACUUCGCACAGAGAAUGGUUCCAAAGAGCUAUUCCCUUCGAAAUCUGGUUCGGGAAGUGGCCAACUCGAUAGAUUGGAGGACGCCAUCGGUUCCGCUCACCUUCGGGAGGAAGAUAUACCCAAGGUUGUUUCUAUACCCGGAGGCACCAAAGGUGGCAUUUUUAACAUCAGGGGCGCUGCAGGCCAGAGUGGUCAACCCAGUGGGGGGUUCAGCAUUAAAGGCUCUGCAAAUGCUCGCGAGCUGUUCCCUGGCAAGUUGGGUACCGAUAAUGCGGGCAAGGAGCUAUUUGAUGGGAGCAGGACAAAACAGAGACAAAAAGCUCAAGAUCUCUUUGUCGGGUACAUUGGGCAUGACGGCUACCAGGGAUAA